CCGUUCCCAGAGUGGUACCGACUCACCCGGUGCGACUGGUGUGUGUGUCUGUAUGUGUAUGUUUUUGUCUGCGUGGAUUGGCGCCCGGCUCCUGCCGGGUACUGGUGUUGUCUUACGUCGGGCAGCAGCUAUCGCCCGUUCGAACCUUUGAGAAAAGCCCAUCCUUGCCUUCAUUUUGUGACCGGUGCUUGGCCUUUGACACUGUCUCUGGGCCCAGCUCAAACGUGACUAGCGUGCCUGGAGAUCCUUGGACCGUCUAUCUCUGAGCACAGCGGGCGGUCAGGCUCAGGUAGUGCGCGGCCCUGGCCCUUCUAGUUCUCCACGCCUGGUGCAUCCGGAACCUAGGCCCAUAGCCCGAGUUUCUGGCCGACGGAAGCGCUCGACAGGUCUUGUGUCACGGAAGCGCUCUCGGAGGCUCAGGACUCCGCCGCACCAGAUAUGGCGCCGCCCGCCGGCGGGACCGCAGCGGCUGCAGACCCUACUUCCCCUGCGGUGCUUCUGGCUGUGCGCGCCGCGGUGAGACCUCUGGGCGCUGGGCACGACACCGAGGCGCAGCUACGGAUGCUGCAGCUGAGCGCGGACCCUGAGCGGCCUGGGCGCUUCCGGCUGGGGCUGUUGGGCACCGGGCCAGGGGCGGUCAGUUUAGAAUGGCCCUUGGAGUCUGUUUGCUAUACAGUCCGAGGCCCUAACCAACACGAGCUUCAACCUCCACCGGGAGGGCCUGGAACCUUCAAUGUGCACUUCCUCAACUCUCAGGAAGCACAGCAGUGGGCCGCACUGGUACGAGAUGCUACCGCGGAGGGACAAAAUGGCAACGGCAGCCCAGCCCCAGCCAUGUGCCCCAUUUCUCCACCAUGUUCUUCUGUGGCUCAAAUACCUAAAGCAACCCAGCCUGAGGUGGAUCUUCCUCAUAGUUCUGGAGACUUGAAAAAAGAAGAGCUCGCUGCAAGCCUGGCCCAGGCCAUUGCAGGUGGGGAUGAGAAAGCAGCAGCCCAUGUGGCAGCAGUCCUGGCGCAGCAUCAUGUGGCUCUCAGUGUCCAGCUUACAGAGGCCUGGUUCCCACCAGGUCCCAUCAGGCUGCAAGUCACAGUUGAAGAUGCCACAUCUGUUUUGUCCUCUGCAUCAUCUGCCCAUGUCUCACUGCAGAUCCAUCCACACUGCUCCAUUGCAGCCCUCCAGGAACAGGUGUUCUCAGAGUUCGGUUUCCCACCAGCUGUGCAGCGCUGGGUCAUUGGACGGUGCCUAUGUGUGCCUGAACGAAGCCUUGCUUCCUAUGGGGUCUCUCAAGAUGGGGACCCUGCUUUUCUCUACUUGCUCUCAGCUCCCCGAGAAGCUUCAGGACAUAGUCCUCAACUCUCCAAGAUGGAUGGGAAAUUAGGACGCUUGUUUCCUCAGUCAUUGGAGCAGCCUCAUACCCUCCAGCCAGCCAGUGCCAGUCUCUCAAGUCCCCCUCAGCCUGGCUGGUCUUGCCCUUCCUGCACCUUCAUCAAUGCCUCAAAUCGCCCUGGCUGUGAGAUGUGUAGCACCCAAAGGCCCUGUACUUGGGAUUCCCUUACUACAGACUCCACCUAGAAGCCACCAAAGGAAUAACCUAUCUUCUUCCCCAGGUUACAGAGAACAUGGCCCUCCUAUCACAGGCCCAAGUCCCUGGACCACCGCCAUUCAACCUUCGCAGGGGACCUCUGCUUAUUGGGGACAGAGAUGCAGUAUUAAGGAACAAUGGCCACAAGCCAGUAAUUAAAGACACAUGAGAACCGGC